AUGAGUAAGAUCAACGCUGCGGGUACGGGAGCGAAAACAGUCACCGGCAGGAAAAACAAUGCUCUUGCGGUGCCGCUAUCAGGUGCAGGAGGAACACCGGUGGGUUCAACUAUAAUCUGCAGAAGGAAUUGUGAGAUACAGAAGGCGAUGGUCACUCCAGUUAGCUUGGAUGGGGCAGACGGAUCGAUCAAGCCGAUGAAUAGCCCAUGUUUGAUUGACUAUAGCCGCACUUUUAGCAAUGUUGCAAAGUUUCGCGGACGGUCGUGGAAAGCAAGAACAAACCGGCGAGAAGGCCUCUAUCAGGCUGAGCUCCAUGGAAGCUCGGUAAGAAAACUUGCCCUACAUUUUCCAGUGUCGCUAUCAAAUGGGGAGGGCACCCCGGAGCAAUACAUGGCAAGGCAACUUGCGGCAAAGGAGUUUAACAAGACGUGUGAUAUCGAACGACCGGAGAAGGCCCAACACUUGAAGCGAAAGCGAUUCACACUUCCGUAAAUCCACUGAGUCUGGUUGCUUGUCUUGUCCAUUGUAAAUCAUCAAACUGUGUCUUCCGAUGUCCUUCUCUGCCGACAUCCGAGAACACCGCGAAAUAGAGGGUGCAAAGGCUCGUAAUAGGCCCGAAUACCUGACUUAAUCGUGAGCGCUCUCAGCUCUCACAUACGAUAGUGAAUUGUUGGAGUCGGACUGGGC